CAUUGGACUUUAGUCAUUGUAAUUCAAAAUGUUCAACAUUAAACAAUUAGCCACUCACCUGUAUCGCCAGUACGAACUGAUCACGUGCAUCAACAUGCUAGAGCCAUGGGAGAGGAAGCUAAUCAAUGGUUUCUUCCUGGUAGUGCUGGCACUGGUGUUCUUCUCCAGCUGCUGGUAUCUACCCAACUAUAUGCAAACCCUAAUGGAGUUCAUCAGUCCCCUUGCUUGGUCUAGUCAGUCCGGAAACGCCGCCUAUGUGGCACAGAAAAUGGGUACAAGCUGAGCUUCCACCCAUCUACGGCCGUAACAAACCCAAACACUAAUACUCCCCAAUUGAAAGACAACUAGAAUUUAAAGAAAAUGUUAUUGUGAUUUAUUUUGACUGGUCCAGAAUCUGUAAAUACUUAAUUGUGCCAAACCAAAUUCUUUUAACCCACUG